AUGUCGGGUGCAGCUCGUCGUCGUGGUGCCGGUCGUGCGACUAGAGGUCAAGCGUCCGAGACAUCAUCGUCACGACGUGGUGAUCGGCUUCAAGUCCCGGCUGGUGGUUUCGAUGGUCCGGCUUCAAGAGGUAGCGCUUCGGCAUCGGGUCCAGGUUCACAGGGUCGUCAAGCUUCUACUGCACCGUCUGUGGGCUCUGGCCGUGGCUCUCCAAAUCCUCCACAGGGCGGCUUCGCGCAACAAGGUUCUCAACCUGCGAGUCGACGAAGCAGCCAGUCGGGUGGCCCGCCUCCACAGACCCAACCAGCAAGCCCAACAGCGCAGCACGCACCAGUCACUCGUGGUGACCCGGCCAGGGAUCAUCAGCCGAGAUACACUGAUCAGCUCCGCAACCUUGACUUGCCCGCCUCGUUCUACAACAUUGACCAGCUGGUAAGUGCAUUCCUCGAUCUGAAGCGGCCAGUAAAUAUGCCACUGCUCCGCUUCAACGCAUUGAAUUCCUUAUGCUUCAACUCCUCACGUUUCGACUCCUCACGCUUCAAUUCCUCACAAUCACAUCUGCCCUUCCUUGCCUUUGCACAUUGUCUUCGUUCCACAAUGCGACUUCCUUUCACAUCGUUCCGGUGCCACCGGGGCACCGCUCAGGAUACAGCUUCAAUGCCCGUUUCAUACUUCUAUUAUGGCACAUCACCAGACCUCCUCGUGUCUGAGAAAUUCCCUCGAUGUCCUUGA